AUGUCUGACGCCACAAUCACCUACGCAACAUUCAAUCCUUCUUCAGCCACUGGCGACGAUUUGUGGGAUAGUCUAGCGAAGACUGGCACGCUAUCCGGAGAAUUAUGGGGAAGGGAGGAGUUAGGAAUUGCUGUGUCGUCUCGCUUCCAUCUCGAAGGUUCAGCAUCUACAACCUGUAAUUUCUGUUUAGCAUGGUUUAUGCCACAGGUGGCGUUCGGCGCGAAAACAAGAUAUUAUAAGAGAUUCUAUACUCGAUAUGUUGGAGAUGAAGAUGGAGAUAUUGAAAAUUUGGUUACAAGAGCAAUAAAAGAAAGAGAUGCUUGGCGGUCAGAAAUUGAAAAAUGGCAAAACCCCAUCCUCAGCGAUGAUUCGCUCCCAGAAUGGUAUAGAUCUGCUAUUUUCAAUGAGCUUUAUUAUGUAGUGGAUGGUUCAACCAUG